UCAACAUUAUCUAUUUAUUCUUAUCAUAUGAGUUUAUACCGAGUCUACUUCUCAAAAAAGGUACCUCAGUCCCAACCUUGGCGACCACAGGAAGGCGUUACCCUACACCACCGCUUGUGCAGUUAUCGAGACGAGAAAAAUGACCUCUACAUAAGCUUAGGAAAUGUAUAUGCUUAUCUCUCAGAAAGUUUGUGGUGGCGGAGGACUGGCUCCCGCACUAGCCUGUGGGUGUGGACAGCACUCCUGACUGUGGCCCACGUGUACCUGUGGCGGCAGGAGCUGGGCCACCUCUACCAGCAGCCUCUACAGAAGAACUCGGCCAGUAUUCAGGUCCUGGAGAGGUACAGACGCUGCGUGAAAAAGGCGUGCUGGAGACUGAACCUGCGGUACCCCAUCCUGAGGGCGACCGACGGCCGGCUGGUGCACCACCUGCGCCGGCUCAUAGAUUCUCCUCCGGGUGCUUCCCAGGGGCUCCUUGACCGUGGGACUCCUCCUCCCCGGACUUUCCAGGGGCGCCUCAACCCUAGAAAUCCUCUUCAAGAGGUCUUCCAGGGGCACCUCGACCCUCACCAUCCUCCCUGGCACAACGUCACCUCCUACAGUGUCACCGAGAAAGUCAUCAGGGAUGUAUUUGGAACAGCGGAGGGCGGAGUGUUCGUGGAGGUCGGCGCCCAGGACGGGCUGUGGCUGAGUAACAGUUGGUGGCUGGAGGCCGCUCGAGGCUGGAGAGGACUCCUCGUCGAGGCCGACCCACACAACUACCUCCACCUCAGAACCUCUCCCAGGACCUCCAGGACCCUCCCCGUCUGCGUCACUACCGGACUCAGAGUUAAACAGGAGUCGUUGGUGCGGAGGGAGCCAGAGGUGGGAAACACUAUACUGGGCAUGCACCAGCGGGGUAUGACCAUGCUCACCCGCUUCGCUACUCCCAGGGACCAUUACCUGGGGAAGACCUGGGACGCCACCUGCUUCCCUCUUCUCUCCGUCCUGGCUGCUGCCGGCUACAGGCAGAUAAAUCUGUUAAUAUUUGACGUCACUGGCGGAGGGUUUGAAUUGAUGCAAGAUUUUUUUGAAACGAACUCUGACCUUGGCCACCCUUUCAGGGCACAGGCUGUCCUGUACCAGGACACAUCGCUGGUGAACAAUACGGAGAUGGCGGAGGAGGCGAGGGCUCUAGGCUACACUCAUCUGGCCAUCAGCUCCUCACACUUCCUCCUGCUGCAUCGCUCCCUCGGUGUGGCUCUGGCCUGAAGCCCCCUGCAGCAUCCUCGGUGUGGUCCAGGCACUAUCUUUUGAUAGGACCCUGAGACUCGCCCACCCUUUCCAAUCCCUUUGGACAUCAAAGCGAAAGCGAAGAGACUCGCCGUCACGGGGUCGGACCUCGUAGGUCGAUGGAGCAGCGUGGCGCCGCCGACGGUGCGAUGAAAUUGACGCUCAAAAAGGAUUUAGUGUUUGGGUCAGGGGGGCGCGGGCUUGGCUCUCUCACAGCUCCUGGGGGCCAGGGCGGUGUCAGGAUAUGCCGUGUUUUUUUUUUUAAUUUAUUUUGUUAUUUGUGGUUUGUGUUGGGGUUAUACCCAUGUAUAGUUUCAAUGGUGCGCAAUGUUGUGUAAUGUGUUUACUGUUGCCCCGUACUAUGUUUGUUAUUUUUUUUAACUGAGAAUGUACAUUUUCCUGUUUAUAACGGCUGCUGGGCCUAGUUUCUGGAGCAUGUAACGACCUUAGAGUGUUGGGAUCCCUUGUGUGUACUUUUAUGUUUGUAAAUAUUCUGUUGCACUGUAUUGGUGAUUUGUAAUGUCUAGUUAACUUAUCUAUAUUAUUUUUGUGCCUUUGGUGUAAUUUUUGUACACGUAUGUGUGAUGAUCAAAGGGAGAGUAUCUUUCAGUACUUGUUAUGUAUUACUACUUGUCUUAGUUCUGUGUUUGUAAUAUUGUGUAAAGUUAUGUUGUUAAGGUGUACUUUUAUUUGUAUAUAUUCUCUGUUUUUUAUCAAAUAAAGGUAAACAAAAAAGAACAUUGACAGGCAACAUCCAGAUGUCCAGGAUGUCCGCAUUUAAAGCAGGUCCGGGGUUUUCCAUGGUAAAGGAAGCUGACCGUAAAACCACCAAUCGAAAUAGACAACACAUUCUUGUGAAUCAUCAUCUUAGCUGUACCGAAGCCAUUUAACAACCCCCCUUAGCCUCGCCCGAGGUGUACUCACACAUAGGGUCACAUUCCAUUUUUCCCUACGUGUCAGGUACAUGACAUAGACUUUCCUCUGACAUCUCAAAAGGCGCGUCCUUAAAGGCCACGUACGAUUUCAAUUUAUUUCUUUAUAAUGCACCCCAUAUCCAUCCCGUGGGCGGUAGUGGAAAGGGUUACAGAGGCACAUAACCGGUUCACGAACUGAACCUCAUAGUUCAUUUAGUUAAGCAAGUGACAAUCUUUCAAAGCUAGUUACACAAUUGUUAAUGUUACAUAUGUACAUUUACACACAUACAUACAUACAAACAAUCUUUUUAUAUCACGAGUGAUUCAACAAGUCACUAUACAAGGCACUUUACAUCUAUGGUGAGUCACAUAGUUACUAGUCUUGCUGCACACCCACACAACUGGGCGGCAGCUUUACAGUCAUGUGCAUGCAUUACCUACAGUAAGUAAACCUUUGGAUACUUCGCUAGGAUUCCUGGCAGCACAAUCUUAUGACUGAAGCACUGACACCAUUUCUUGGGCACCAUUGAUGGUGUUAUCUCUGAAUUCCGUGAUUUUUUCA